CUCGGUAAUGAGCAGAGACGGUGGAUGUGGCUCUGACUGAAACACCUUGAGAGCGUGUGAAUGAACGUGCUGAGCUCCGAGCCGAGGCUCCGUGGUGCUGAAGAGACAGCUGCUCCAACCUCUGAAAUCUGCAGACAUGUUUACCCGGAUGUUAAAACUGAGACUUCUCAAUGCUGUAGCCCCAGCGUACUUCUUCAUCGCCACAGCAGUCACUUUCAUCUUACACUUCUGCUUCUUCAUCCCAACCAUCUUCCCGAACUCAGACGCAUCUCUGAAGAGCUCCACAACUCUUCACACAAUUGUUUUCCUUUUCUUGAUGUUCAACGCUCUGGGAAACUACAUAAUGACUAUUAAAUAUCCCGCCGAAAGCGCCAAUGAGACUGGGGUGCCGGUGUGUUCACCGCAUUGCUCGGACAAAGUGGACGCUCACUACCUCCUGAACAAUCGACACUUCUGCAAACUGUGUAAGAAAGUGAUUCUGAAGAGGGACCAUCACUGCUUUUUUACGGGGAACUGCAUUGGCAACAAAAACAUGCGCUACUUCCUCAUGUUCUGCAUCUACACAUCAUGUAUAUGUAUGUACUGCUUGGUUCUCGGUGUGGCUUUCCUCACAGUGGAGUACGAAAUCUCCUUCGAGAACCCACUCACCUUCCUCACUCUCCUCCCCCUCUCCACUGGUUACUUCUUCAUGGGAACUAUCUCAGGCCUGCAGCUGUUCCUGGUUCUGAUGCUCUAUGUGUGGCUCGGUAUCGGCCUGGUCUGUGCAGGUUUCUGCUGCCAGCAGGUGCUGCUGGUGGCCCGGGGGCAGACCUGGUGCCAGAUGCAGAGGGGGCAACUCGUGGAGAAUCGCAGCCCCUGGAGAAGCAACCUCAAGGAUGUUUUCGGCACCCGCUGGAUCCUCGGCCUGGUCCUGCCUCUGCAGACGGUGGAGACGGGCUCUGAAGACACCGACGCACUGAAACAAGACUGAGUGAUAACAAUGUGUCUUCUUAAUAGGUCACACAAGAAGCAUGACUUGUAAUAAGUGCUCUCUUGGGAUCCAUGUGGUGAUUGAUUUUAAAUUCUAAAUGGAUGCUUUGUAACCUUUAAAGUAGAACAUGAAAUACUUAGCUGUUAGCACACAUUCCUUUAAGGACAGGAGCCAUAUCUUAGUGUGAACUUUUGGAUAAGUGCAUAGUAUAAGUGACUUAGUAAGUAAGUAGCUUUUGGCAAGGCAAUAUUAGGACAUGUGAGUUGGUCAUUUGGGACAUCCAGCAGUUUCUCCAUGCACUACUACUCGCUUGCAUCAAAAUACAACAAAUGCCCUUUUUGCAUAAGUGCAUGCAUUCAAAGCUUUGCAUUUUUAUAUUACAUCAUGCAGUGCUCUGAGAUUAACGUUCAAGUGUCUUGUUUUGCUGAACUUUCUUGUAGGAUGCUUUAAUGCACGGACAGGACACUUCCGGUAGUUUCUGCAACAAUAAUUGACUUCAUUGUUAAGGGCUAGCAGACCAGGAAACUACAGGCGCUAAAGCAUAAACUGCCAAUAACAAUAACCUAUGAAAUGUUGAGCCUGAUGUUUUUUCUACUCAAAUGAAUGUGACUCAUAGACAGUGUGACUCAGAUACAGUAACAUGCUCCUUUGUAAGAGUGGGAUGGGUAUGUGAUUGUGAUUACCAUAUUAUUAUCCAGGGUAUUAUUCACUAUGUGCCAUGAGCUCAUGUCUUACAUGCUUACAGAAUACCCCAAAGAAAGGGGUAUUGCUACAUUGCUAAUGAAAGGGCACCUUUUAAGGGUGCACUCACAAUAGAGACCAUCCGUACCCAAAUGAUAUCU